GCAGACUCUCCGGAGGCCCGCCCCUUCCGUUUCCGCAGGGGUCAGUGGGCGGCGCCGCGGCUCCUUUUCCGCCUGCGGCUGUUGGCGGUUCCAGGCGGGCAUGGCGGCGGCGGCGGCGGCGGCCCUCACGCAGGGCCUGGAGCGCAUCCCGGACCAGACCGGCUACCUGGUCAUCUGCGACGGCGCCGUCCUGGCGUCGGCGGGCGACCUGGAGAACGACGAGCGCACCGCGGGCGCCAUGGCGGAGCUGGUGAGCACGGCCUGCGCCUUCCGGCUGCCCCGGGGCCCCGAGCUGCCCUUCCGCCGCGUCUCCGUGGUCUUCGGGGAGCACUCCCUGCUGGCGACCGUCUCCGGGCAGAAGCUCUUCGUGGUCAAGCGGCUGAACAGCGUCCCGGAGCCCGUGGUCGUCUGAGCGGCGGGGAAUCCCUCCGUCUGCCGCUUCGCCCGCUCCCUGCCUCCCCUCGGCCCCUCGGCCCCGCCCCUCCCGCCCACCACCGGAGCAGGAAGGAGAGGGGCCUUCCCCCCCCUCCCCCGCCUGCCGCCUUUCCUUCCCCGGGGGGGGGGGUUUCCCCCCCUCCAUUCUCCAGGGAUCCCCCGCCAGAGCCUUUAUUUCCCCUUCUCCCGGGUGAGAUGCUGCUUUCGGGGGGAGUCGCCCUCUGGAGAAGCUUUUUACUUGCCAUCUGCUCUUCCGAGUGGGAGCAAAGCCGUUUCCCCACUGGAUGCUCGCUAGCUGCUCUGGGCUGCCUGAAACCAGCGGAGGAGGAGGAGGAGGACCCAGGCGACCCAGGGGGAUUGUUAAGUCCGUCUUCAGGCCGGGGGUGAAUUCGUCAUCGGAAGCAGAGGAAGAAAGGAGGACGGUGCCAGACGACACCAAAGAGAUCCAUUAAGCAUGUUACUUGCCGGCCAGCCAGGGCAGUUUAUUUGUAAGCACAUAUACAUACAGAGUUGGCGUUGCUCCUGAACGAAUAAAAAAUAUAAAUAACAAAAAUUAAAUAAAGUGCAAUGGAGAGUGGCCUUGGCCUGGGAGGAUGCGGAGGUAGGGAAGGGCCGGAGUCCGGCCCUCUCUGGUCUAGGAAUGCAGCGGAGACUGAGAUUCUGAGAGCCUUUCAGGUCACAUCCUGGGGGCCUAAUCCAGGGCGAAAAGGGAAAAUCGAUUUGCGGACUGUCCGGCUAUUAAAAGUACCUUCUGCCA